AUGGGGAUCCGUAAACACAAAAUUACACCUUAUCAUCCUAGCUCAAAUGGUCAGGUUAAAAGGGUGAAUGGAACUUCGACAAAAAUUAUAAAAACACUUGCAGUAGAUAACCCAGAAAAAUGGAGUCAGAUGCUUCCCCAGGCAGUGUUGGCUUAUAACACUGCCUAUCAUCGUAUAAUUAAAGAAACUCCAUUUUUUGCACUAAGACAUAGAGACCCAACCUUUCCAUAUAAGAUUUAUGCUGAGGAGAUGGCUCCUUGGUAUAUUAUUGGGAAUUAUGCACAAGAAAUGCAUGUAGUAGGUAAGCAGGUAUUUAAAAGAUGUCAGGAAUUGAUAGAGGAAGAGAUUAGAAGGCCAGCAGAUAGACCAGGAUCGAAACCCUCUCCAAUAGAAGAAGGGGACCGUGUUUACCUAAAGGCAGUACCAAAAUCUGGGGUAAGUAAAAAAGUGCAGCCAUUAUAUACUGGACCUUACAGGGUGACUGAGAAAGUCAGCGAUGUAGUAGUUCACAUUCAAAGAUUAGUGGAUAAGAAGUUAUUUACAGUGCAUGUAGACAGACUAAAAUUAGAAACAUCACUCAGAGAGCGUCAGGCUCAAAAUGUAGGGAGAGCUUAUCCCAUACAUGAUGUAGAGUCAGAGGACCCAGAAUUGGAAGAACUAAAUGUAGCCAAAAGUCCUGAAAGAUCGCAGUCACAGAAUAGGAAGUUGGGGAAGGAGUACACUAAUUAUUCUCCCUCAAGGAGAGUACUCAAUUUGUAUUGCAAAGCAACGAGGUUGGAGAUCAGACUGAGUAGAUCCAUGGUCACAUGA